CCAAGGCCAGGCACGGCAGACGGCGGCGCUACGGGGGUCCUCGACGGCGACGCCCCGGUGGACCUCGAAGGCGGCCGCUACCUCCCCGCCACGCAAGCAACAGAAUGAGAGGGAUACAUGCUUUACGGCGUACCAUUACCAUCGCGGGGAACGCCGCCCUGCUGCCGCUGGCGACAGCACUGGUUUCACACACUCACGGCCAUCAGGUUCCCUAUCCGAAGAAACAAUUUGCAGAAGCUGUGCUCGGUACCCAAAUCCGAAUGAUAUCCAACAAUUCAAGUGCUGCACCAGGGACAACAAAACUGAAGAAUCCUCGGGCCAUUCCCGGUCUGGAUUUUUUGCGGCGAUGGCCUCGAGCGACGCUGUGGUCAAUUGAGGCUCAAAGUUGGCUGCCUUUCACCCGCCGACUCUCUACACCAGUUCCCCAAUGGAUGCUACACCAGUUCCCCAAUGGAUGCUACACCAGUUCCAAUCAGGCCCUGCCUUUCACCCGCCGACUCUCUAGGCACAUGGGUGCGAGGUACGUCGGCCUGGGCAGUCCUGAAGCUGCAUUCGUCCCUGGAAGUGUCUGGCAAUGGCAGUGAUGCUGCCCUGUUGCUCCGAGUCUCGGUGCUUCGCCAUUUUGGCUGGAGGCAAGGCUGGGCGAGGCCUAAUGUCGUUGCGUGUCUGUAGUUGAGGGCACCUCCUCACCUAGCUGUAGUCACUUGGUGAGGACGGUCGUGUGUGUGUGUGUGUGUGUGUGUGUGUGUGUGUGUGUGUGUGUCCCUCCUUUCUGGAGGUUGUACCCCCGAUGUCUUCCUGUUCAAUGCAAUGAAACGCAACUCUUUUGCGUUUUCUCGAAAAAGAAAAAAAAAAUUAGGCUCAAAGUUACAUUUGUCAUAAACUUAGCUCUUUGAAUAGCCAAGCAAUUCAGUUC